AUCUCAUUAUUUCAAAUUUCAACUGUAAUCGUAAUCGUAAGAUUGUAAACAUGAUGCGAGUGCGAAACUAAAUUAUGGCUGAUAUUGUUUAUGAAAAAUCAGCUGGUGAAAUGUUUGACGAUGCAACACAAAAUUUGACGAAAAGUAAAAAUGAUGAUGAGCCUGUUGAUGAUGCAGAAGACAUUAAAGAGAGUACACUUGAUAAAGUAGCCGUUAAAUUGUUAAAACAUAAGUUUGUUCUUACCGCACUUGAAUUUCACACAGAAUUAGUAGAAAGUGGUAGGGAGUUACCAAGAUUAAGAGACUAUUUUUCCAAUCCAGGCAAUUUCGAGAAGCAUAUACACGAAACAGAAAUUUCUCCUGUUCUUCCUAGAACAUCUAGUGUGCAAACAUUUGACUCUUUAGAUUUUACUAGAUAUUCUGAUGAUGGAGAAAGACAAGUUGAUGAGCGUAUUGCAGUUUUAGAAUUUGAAUUAAGGAAAGCAAAAGAAACUAUCAAAGCACUUAGGACAAAUUUGACAGUUGCAACUGAAUCUGAUCCAAACACUCCUACAUCUUGUACGUCCAAGAGUAUUGCACAAGAUGUAGUCAAGCCUCAUGAAAAACGAGCCUUAAAUUUUCUUAUCAAUGAAUACUUGUUGUACCACUUUUACAAGCUAACUUCUAUCACAUUUUCAGAUGAAAAUGAUGAUCAAGAUUUUGAAGACUGGGAUGAUGUUGGAUUAAACAUUCCUAAACCCCCUAAUCUGCUUCAGAUCUAUCGAAACUACAAUAAAUUUUACUAUUUAAAUAAUGAAGUUGCCCAUAAGGAAGUACAAACAACUGAUACUUCCAAAGAUCCUCUGGAAGACUCAAAUGUAUGCUUCAAGGAAACAUGCUCUGAAGAAAAGAAACAACUGCUGGAAGACAUAACUAAGUUGAUGCGUGAAAAUAAUGAAUUGGAGAAGAUAAAUGAGGAAAAAAGAAAUCUUGAAAUACAACUAAAGAAUUUGAAAAGAGAAAUUCAAGUACUAAAACUGAAUCCAAUCAGUGAUUUCUCAGGAAAAAACAGUAAUUCAUCAGAUGAUAAGAAAUCAUUAGAUUCCACGGAUGCUCAAGAAUAUGUUUUUAUAAAUCAACAAGAUGAUACUCCUGUGAUAGUGAAUGACUCUCCUCCUUUUAAGUCCUCUUCUGAUAAUUUUAAUGACACAAAAAAUCAUAAAUUAUCUGCCACAAGCUCUAUUUCUAGUGAACCUGAGCUAAAAUCUGAAAGAACUGUUCCUGAGGAAUUUCAGAAAACACUUUUAGGAUUUUGUUUAUCUCAAAAAAUUGCUCAAGACAAUCGUCUCAUAAGUGAGGUUACAGGUAUUGGAAGUACUGAAGAAAGUGUUGUUACAGUAUUAUCUCGUUGUUUGCCACAUGUUGUUCCAAAUAUAUUAUUGGCUAAAAGAGAGGAACUGAUACCGUUAAUACUCUGUGCCAUCGCUCUCCAUCCAGAUACAAAAGAGCGUGAUAAACUCUUAAAUAUUUUGUUUAAUCUCAUUAAGAGACCUGAUGAAGAACAGAGACAUAUGAUAUUAAGUGGCUUGGUUACUAUUGCACAACACUUAGGCCCAUCAAGAGUUGAAGCCGAACUUUUACCACAGUGUUGGGAACAGAGUGGCAUCAGAAGUUCUCUCUUACUCUCUAUGUUAAAACAAAUGUUACAGGAAGACAAAGAUGAUGCUGUUCGAGAAACUGUAAUAAGAAAUUUAUCUUUACUGUUAUUAUACGUUGAAGACAUUGAUAAAUUCUCAAAAGCAUCUGAAUUACUAUUUUUAUCUUUGGAAGACAGGAGCUUAAAUGUUGUUGAAACUAGUCUUAGUGUUCUAUUACCUUCAGUUGCUAUGUGGGCUUUGGAGAUUAAUUUUUUAGAAUCUCAACUUUUUCCAUCUGUGAUGUCAGUUUUACAGAAUCAUUUCAAAGUUUUAUGCAACAUUCCAUCCCCUCCUGUGAUUGGUAGUUUACAAAAUGAAGAACAGGUUUGCAUAAUGAUAGUUAGAGCUCUUUCUUCAUUGCUUCCUUUCCUAUUUGUACAUGUGAUAAAAUCCAGGCCAUACAUUGAAAACCCUGAUAUAACCUGCAGCUCUCCCACUGAAUUUGAUGUGGAUCGCUUACCAGUUUAUCAUAGUAGUAUAUUGAAUCCAUCCAUUAUUCUUGGUGAUGGGGAUGAGUUGAUGAGUGCUGUAAAAACAUUUGAUAAAUAUAUAAACAGUGAAUGGUAUAAACCUUGGCCUGAGCAUGAUUUUGUUAUUAAUGAACUGUUAUCCUUUCUUCAUUCUAUUCUGAGUUUAGUAAGCUCACAGCGACAUGCACUUGUUCAUACAUUAGUGGAGCUUAUGCGUAAUUUUUGCCACCUUUUUGGGCGAUCAUUUACUCAAAAAUAUGUGAAGCCAUCUUUUCUAUCAAAAUUAAAAUUAAAGGAAGAUGAAGAUACAUCAAGCAGAUCAAGUUACCAAGAUGCUACAGUUCCUGUCUAUAUUGCAGGUGUAUUGAGUGUCUUUAAUCAAGCAGAAGAUCGACAAGAACUUUUGGAGUUCCUUCAAAAUUUACUAGUUGACAUAUCAACACAUCAUAUUCCUGACAACAGUAUAAAAGCCGCAAUUACGGAGUUAAGUUCCAAUAAAGCAUAUCAUGAACUACUGCUUUCUGUUCUUUGGGAUGGUGUUGUACAUAAUUCAUCUUUAGUAAGAGUUACUGCUGGAAGACUAUUUGAAAUCUUGGUUGGAGUUGUAUCUGAAAGUCUAUUACGCACUCGUGUGACCCCAGCCCUCGUGACUCUAGCCAGUGAUCCUGAAAUCGUUGUAAGAAUAGCAACAGUACCUGCAUUUGGAGCAGUUAUGGAACUUAGUUCUCAAAGAGAUCUUCUUGAAAAAGCUCAUCUUCAGCUUCAGACAUUUCUUGAUGAUCAGUUAUAUCGAGAUCAGCAUCUGUUAUAUGUUGAAGUCAUUAAAACCUUUGCUAAAAUUGGUCCCAAUACAGAACCUAAAUUCAGGGAUGAAUUUGUAUUACCUAGAUUAGCUGCUUUGGCAGCUGAAAAUAAUAGCACCAGCAAUGAAACAAAGAAAAUGGACAUCGCUCUUGCUCUACUAGAAGCAUAUACCGCCAUGUCUUGUUGCUUUAUGAGUGAACAGUUAAUUGCUGAAGCUUUUCUACCUGGUUUGAGAUGCUUGAAAUCUGAUGUUCAACAAAUUGCUCAUGAAUAUGAAGAUACUAUCAACAGUAUGAUACAAGAAUUUGAAGCCAAACUAGACAUAGGAAGAUCUGUUGAAAGCCGUCCUCGUUCAAUAUCUGUUACAUCCCCUGGAAGCAUGGAAGAAAUGAAGAACAGAGUAACUAAAAUGUUUUCUGGGCGACCAGUGGUUACCAGACCAAAUAUUCCCAAUUUAUUCCAACUACGUAAAAAAUAGCACUGUAGUUAAUCCUGGUGCAAUAUGUCCAUUUAACAUUCCACGUUGUGAUUAUUGAAAAACAAUAUUUUAUAGAGUUGUAAAUAAUGAAAAAACAAAUAGUUUUGUAAUUUUAAAAUGGUUAAUAUUUUAUAGAAUUUUUAAGUGGCUCUAAGGAGUAAGUGAUAGUGUUAUUGUUUGCUUUAAAAUUUUCUACACUUUUUUGUUGUUAAAGUUGUGCAUAUGUGCUAAUUAUUUCACUGGUCUUGUUAUUUUGUUCCUUGUAAAGAUAUUUUAAAAUUUUUGAUGUCUGUGUUUUUUACUUGUAAAUUAUUUAUUGAUAUGUUUGAUGUUGCUCUGAAGUAUGUGUAUGAUAUUUUGCUGUUGUAUAAGAAUUGUGCUUUUACGUGAAAUAUCUUAUGAUCGAUGCAAUGGUUUCACUAAGUUAUUCUGUAUUGUAUUAUUAGUAUUCAAGUUAAACGCAUUUUCAAAUGCUUAAAAUAAUUUUUCAACAAUUAGUGAAAAACAGUAUUUUUUAUUUAUUAUCAGCUUUACUUUUAUUUUAGAAUAGUUUUUAAGAAGAAACAUAUACUACAAUAAAAGAAUUUCACUCUUUCUAAAUAAACUUUCUUUUUUACAAUUUUUUCCUGACUCUUGAAUUUGAUAAAAUAAUGUAGAUGGCUUAUUUAACAUACCUACAGUUGAGUAAUAUAUUAAUAAAUAUUAGUCGAAAUAAUUUAUCUUUAAAAAUGUGUUUAGCAAUUUUCUUUUGUUUUUU